UGCUCGCAUGCUCUCUUUACAGCAUCCAUUUGAUCUGCCGCGGCGCGUAUGAGCCGUUAAACGCUGCGUGUUGCCGAACGCUGCCGGGGCGCAAACUCGGCGAUGGAGAGGGUUGGGCGCGCAGGGUAAGGCGUGAUAUGCCAGCUUCAGCAUCGUGCUUGUGAGAAAAAGACGAGUGUGAUUUGAGCUGCGUUGUGUGUUUUCAGGUUUGGAGGAUUCAUCAGGACAUUAUACACACUUUGGAGGAUCAACAUAAUCAGGACCACAGCUCGACUAAAUGCAACAUUCCCUUUAGCUUUAAGAGGUCCAGAUAUCUGAGUGCAUCAUGGAUUUUGUGAUGAAGCAAGCGCUGGGCGGAGCCACUAAAGACAUGGGUAAGAUGUUAGGAGGAGAGGAGGAGAAGGAUCCUGAUGCCCAGAAAAAAGAAGAGGAGCGUCAGGAGGCUCUGAGACAACAGGAGGAUGAGAGGAAGGCCAAACAUGCUCGCAUGGAGGCAGAGAGAGAAAAGGUCCGACAGGCCAUUCGAGAUAAGUACGGACUAAAGAAAAAAGAGGAGAAAGAAGCCGAGGAGAAAGCAGCUAUGGAACAAGCGUGCGAGGGCUCACUGACUCGCCCCAAAAAGGCCAUCCCAGCAGGCUGCGGGGCGGAAGACGACGAGGAAGAGGAGAGCAUACUAGACACCGUUCUCAAAUUCCUACCUGGACCUCUGCAGGACAUGUUUAAGAAGUAACAGACACAAACGCUGAUUCCUACAGGCAUUCGGGUGCCGGGGGGAUUUUUUGCCAAACAGGUGAAAGGCUUUUCACUGCCUUGACAGAAGUUGAUUUACUCUUCUCUGAGGAUAGAAACACAAUUCAUAACCCAACAGCGUUUGGUCUUUUCACUGCCAUUCAGGUAUAGAUUGUUUACACUUUCUAUAGAUCUUUCUAUUUGUUUACAAUGCAUCGCCAGGGUCUCUGAUAUUUUCUGCCUUAAAGGUUCUUAAUGAUCAGCCCCACAUUCAAAACCGAUAUUGAUCGUUUGUACAGGGAUUAACAAAGUGCAAAAUAUGUCCGUAAUUUUUUCAGUAAAGAUUUUACUGACCAUUUUGUCAUCUGCGGCGGCUCUUAUGUUCCAUCAGAUAUGUUGCCAGUUUUAAAAAUGGGGGAAACUAUUAUGCUUAUCACCUGAAUACUCACAUGGUUUGCAGCCUGGCAGUUCUCAUUGUUUAUGAUAUAUUAUUCAUUUAGAUUUUUUUCUUUAUAAACAAUCUUUUCUCCUAUCAGUUCCUUCUUGUAGUGUGAAUUAGAACUUGGCCUGACCACAAGUAAUAUUCACAUACAUUUCGCCAGCAGAAGAUAUCAGGAAAAGCUCAGAACAGCAAAAAUGGCACAGUUUAUCUUUUUAUAAACCGGACCAAAUUACCCAUACAGUUUUCAGGACAGUAUUGAAAUUACAAGAAUUUACAGAAGCUUCAAUAUGUAUUCAGAUGUCAAACACUUUUCACUGAUGAUCUGAUGUUAGAUUACAGAUGACAAUCAGAUACAAAUCCAAGCGAAUUUUGGACAUGAGAAAUAAUUAUACAGCUGGUCUUAUAAAGACCUCUUUCUUAUUUUUGUAAUAUUUGGAAUACAAUUUAAAAUUGACACUUGCCCACAUAUUAAAACAAAAUAUACAACGGACUCUGCAUGUUGAUAUAUGUUGCAAAUUUUCCAAAAGUGUAAAUUUGAGAAAAAAUACAAUGUGCAAAAUUAUCAAGUAUUACUGGCAAAUUUGAAUCAUUGUUUUAGACAUUGUGUAUGAAAAAAUAAACAUGAUUCAAUCACUGCAGAAACACAAAAUGUAGAACACCAAAGAGAGACUCAUUACACUUCUACACAUCAGUAUACUUUGAGAUUGAUGCCAUAGUGCUAAAAUUCCAAUAAACAGAAUAUUAUUUGUAAUAUUUUCUUACAUUUAAUCAACAAGAAUAUUUUCUUCCUGCGGUGAAGCAAAGGAAGACAUCAAAUGGACAUCAAAUAUUAAAAAUGCAAAUACAGUAUAUGGUCCAAAAAUAUCAUCUUAGUGCUGGCUUGUCUGAAGUGCAUUUUUAAACAGUGUCUUUAAAAUUUUAACAAUGCCUUGCUAUUUGAAUUAUUUAAUUAUGUUUUCAUGUUUGAAGCAUUGAGUAAACACUGCCAUUUGAUAAACAUGUUGACACUUCUUGUGGGUAAAAGGUUAACGUUUACAUAACCGUUUAUUAAUACAGGUGUAUUGAUUCAUUUUGUAAAGAAAUACUCAACCGGGUAUUGUGUUGCAUGACGAAAAAUAUAAACUUUGGGUUCGUUAAAUAAAAAACAAAGUUAGUAUAUGUAUGUUUUCCAGAAUCACAUUUAAAUGUGACCCUUUUCAAACUAUUUUAGUAAAAUAUGUCAACUACAGGAAUAGACGUAUCUGUAUCCAUUAGGCUGAAUGUUCUGCGAUCGAAAUGCUUUUUAGAUUGUGAAGAUCAUUAAAAUAAAAAAUAACGUCCUACUUUAAAGUAAACCUUCCCUUUAGUGGUACCAAUGAGUGUUUUUUAAAUUAAACUCUUAAGAAAGAAGGAGACUGAUUUUUUCAUUUUUGUAGUCCUGAAGUGUUUUUCACUAGUCAAAGCCAUAUUGUUAGACUGCAAUAAGAAAUAAAAAAUACUAAGUAGAUAAAUCACCUUGUAGUUAUGCAUCUGUUAUAUCUGUACAAAUGUGUUGAUUUCUAUUGAAUCUGUCUUCAUAGUAUGUCAGGAAGUGUAUACGCUAUACACGGACAUUUCUGUAGAGAGAGAAUCUUUUAAAAAGAUUGCUACUGCACUGUCGUAAUGUCUACUGUGUGUGCUAAAUGUAAGUGCGUAUUUAUGUGUGUCUGUACUUGUCUGUGCUGUAAAAUUUGUUAUUGAAGCUGUUGAUGUCUUUUAAAUCAGAGGAGGCUGUGCCUGCUGUCAUGGAGACAGUGGGAAAUGGUUGUAUGGGUCAUUAAUGUUUAUGUAUGCAUGCAGAUAAACUUUGCAUUAAAUACCAAAUCAGAACGUCCGGAUGCGAGAUGUUUGUGUAUUACUGUCUGUCCCUGCAACAGAAUCCAUCUCAAUCUUACUUAUGUAAGGGGUAUGGAAAAUUGAUCAACCCUGUCAGGUUGCUGGAGAUGUUAGUUGUUUAUCAUUUGCAAUGUCAAACAAAAAUGUUUGUAGUACAAUAUUACGUAUUGGCGUAAAUAACAUCCGAUGCAGUGGUUCAUCCCUUUAUGCCACCAAUCGAAUACUGAGGCCACCAAAAAGUAAAGAAAAUUGAAGUCACACUUUACAUUGCAAAUGAUAAUAAAUUAAAUAAAAAUGCAACAACCAUCUUCAAUCAUUUAGGCAAUUGAUUUUAAACUUGACCUUUCUGUGAAUUGUUCCCUGUGUUUUUAUAUGAUUGCUUAUAUUGUGUUACAUAAUCCAAGCAUGAUCUUACAUUGCAAGUGUCUUCUAAGUGUCCGAACACUUUUUUGGGCAUUAUAUUUAAUAAUUCACAGAUUUCCCUCUUUAUACAUUCCAGCUGGAUGUUUAUUUUCCUGUAUUAUUUUAAUGACAUUAAUUGCAUUGGGUAAUAAAUAACUGGGUAAAGGGUCUUACUGUGUUGGUGAUUCUCUCAUGUUUAGGAUGCUUUUGGACUUUUAAUAUCCUAUAAAAUAAAAUGAUUUCUUCAUCUGUU